AAAGAGGAGAAUACAGGAUAGCCAACGGGGAGAGAAAAGGAACAAAACAAUCUUUCGCUUUGUUUAGCUCAGCAAAUUCAUUCGACUGCUAACAAACCCCCCAUCAUCCUCAAUCACCAUGUUUUUUUUCUUUCUUGUGAUCCGAUUGGGACCAACACAAACACAAUCCUCUCUCUGUCGACUGUAACUGAAACAGAGAGAGAGAGGGAGAGAGGGAGUGAGAGAGAGAGAGAGAGAUGAAGAUGCCCAACGAGCAAGAAGAGAGAGAGGGGAAAGCAAUUGUUGUUGGAGUUAGAAUGGAUCAACAAAGCAAAGAGCUGCUGACUUGGGCCUUGGUGAAAAUUGCUCAUCCUGGGGAUCAAGUCAUUGCUCUUCAUAUUCUCCCUUCUUCUUCUUCUUCAAUUCCCGCAUCAGACCCUGAUGGGAAUUCUUUGUCCUCGUCCAUUGAUAGAGAUUUGGAAUCGAUGCUGGCAGUUUAUGAAGGAUUUUGUAACUUAAAGCAGAUAGAUCUGAAGCUAAAAGUGUGCAAGGGUUCGUCGCUGCGUCGAGUUUUGGUGAGAGAAGCAAAUGCAUUUGUUGCGUCUCAGCUCAUACUUGGGGUCGCUAAGCAUAGUCACGCCAUUGGGCCUUCGCCGAUAUCGGUUGCAAAGUAUUGUGCCAAAAAGUUGCCUAGGAGUUGUUCGGUGCUUGCAGUGAGCAACGGCAAGAUUGUGUUCCAGAGAGAAGCAAGAGAGAACAAGGAGAGUGGUUCCAGUGCUCCCAAGUCGUCUUCACCUCAUCAUCCGAAAAUUGACUGCAAAACUGAUUUCGAAACAACAUCAGAGCGGAAUUGUUCAAUCUGUGACUCUUCAAAGGAAAAAGUUGAGAAAUGUCAGGCUCCCUCGUGUUCUCUUAAGCCCAUUGAGAGCAAAGAGUUGCCUCUGGUGAAAACUGGAUGGCCAAUCCUUCGAAAAUCGGUCUUAACCCGAGAUAAGACCAAGACACCCAAAGGGACAGUGAUUCAGUGGGCAAUGCAACUCCCAGCUAGGUAUUCUACUUCUUCGGUAGCUCAUCCCACUCUCAAGCUCAAAAAAUCCAAUUCAAUUGAUAAAUUGAAUCUUAGUGAAGAGAGACUUAAGCUAAAAAAAUCGAAUUCAAUUGAUAAAUUGAAUCUUAGUGGAGAGAAAGAUUGUUCGCUUCCAAAAGAGCUAGAGAAGAUUCAAGAAAAGUACUCAUCAGUUUGCCGAUUAUUCAGUUACAAGGAACUCGUGGAUGCCACUUCCAACUUUUCACCCGAGAAAUUGAUUGGGAAAGGAGGCAGUAGCCGGGUUUAUAAUGGAUGUCUUUCAGAUGGCAAACAAUUGGCAGUAAAGAUCUUGAAGCCCUCCGAAGAUGCUAGAAAAGAGUUUAUCUCGGAAAUUGAAAUCCUUACGACCUUGAGACAUAAGAACAUUGUCUCUAUAGUUGGGUUUUGUUUUGGAAACAAUCAUCUCAUAUUAGUUUAUGACUUAUUACCAAGGGGUAGCUUAGAAGAAAACCUUCAUGGUGAUAAAGAAGACAUGAGAGUUAUCAAUUGGACAGAGAGAUACAAGAUUGCAGUGGGUGUAGCAGAAGCACUAGAUUAUUUACACAGUGACAGUAGCACUCAACCUGUGAUCCAUAAAGAUGUGAAGUCAUCUAACAUCCUCCUCUCCGAUGACUUUGAGCCUCAGUUGUCCGAUUUUGGUCUUGCUACGUGGGCAUCGGCUUCGCAAUCUCUCACCAUGUGCAGCGAUGUUGCAGGGACUUUUGGGUACUUGGCUCCUGAGUACUUUAUGUAUGGAAGGGUUGAUGAAAAGAUUGAUGUCUAUGCCUUUGGUAUUGUGCUGCUCGAGCUUCUUUCAGGAAGGAAACCCAUUAGUACAGAAGGUCCUCAGGUCCAGAAGAGCCUAGUAUUGUGGGCAAAGCCAAUUCUGCAUAAUGGGAAGAGUAAGGAGCUGGUUGAUCCAUUCUUGUCAAAUGAAUAUGAUAGUGAUCAGCUGGAGAGGAUGAUUCUUGCUGCUUCUCUAUGCAUUAAGAGAGCUGCUCGGUCUCGACCAAAAAUGUCCCUGGUUCUGAAGCUACUCAAAGGAGACGAGGAGACUGUCAAAUGGGCAAAGUCGAGAGUCAGUUCACCGGAAGAGAUUGAAACAUUGGAUGAUGAUGAUGAAGUUGCACAGCCUGAUUCUAACCUUCGUUCCCAUCUUAACCUCGCACUUCUCGAUGUUGAAGAUGAUUCAACCUCGGUCAGUAGCACAGAGCAAACCCUGGAUUUCGUAUCAAGUAACACUUCCUUGGAUGAUUACUUGCAAGGGAGAUGGAGUCGGUCAUCAAGCUUUGAUUGACUAAUUGGACUAACCUUAUCCAUACAAAUUUCCAUUUUUUUCUCUCGUUGAUGUACAGUGUUUUGUCUAAUUCCAGUGUCCUUUAUCUUCUAAAUUUGUUUGUUUAUUUAGGCGCCGCAGGAGAAUAAAGUGAGAAAUGGUAUAUUUUUUCACUUUUCUUUUUGUUUAUUUCCAAUUUGGUUGCAUCAUUGCAAAAUGACUACACAGCCAUUUGUUGAUCAAUUUAACAAGUGAAAAUUAGGGCCUUGGUUGUGAAA